UUAAAAAGUUCCCCAAAGUACAAACAAAAUAAGAAGCGAUCCAAAAUUACGCUAUCUAUCAAAUUUAGUAUAGAGCCCAUUGAUAUCGAUAUGGGAGCAUUAUAUUUAGGCGAAGGAAUUGAUAUUAAUCCCAGAUCUUUUAUGGAAUUACCAAAAAAAUCUGUGCACCUCGAAUGGUUUCUGAAGGAAGGUGAAACUUUGAUUUACAGCUUUCCAAGUUAUAUACAGAAAAGCGAUGAUGGAAAUUCUAUAAUCAUCAAAGAGCUGAGGAAUUUGACAAACACGAUUCUGACAUGUGCUGUAUAUUCGAAUAAAGAUAUUUUCUUGGCAAGAAGAAAUUUUUUCUUUCGAAACAUUGAACAAGCAAAUUAUCAGAAAUUUUCUCUUUUUAAUGAAAAAUCGAGUGUGAAGAGACGCAGAAAAAGGAGUUUGGGCUCUGAUGAAGGUUUUGAUUAUGAUUUCGACAAAGAGGACAGCUCUAUAGACCCCAAAGAUAAUGUGAAGAUUUUUCAAAGACUUUUUUAUGAUUAUAUUAAUCAACACUCACCUUCGUAUCUAAAACUAGAGCACACAGCAAAUUCCCGAAUGCAGAGUCCCUAUACGCCACCAGAUCAAUUCCGAAUCGACAAGGAAAUUUUCUAUGGCAGAGAAACUAGAACAGAACCUCCUUCAGUUAAAAAAGGAUAUAAUGAUGUUCCUCCAUUUCCUAAAAUACAUUACGAUCCUAAAGUUCUUUCGAAUCAUCAAAAUCUAUUUCGUGUAAGAGAAUCGUCUCUAUCUAACGAAUUUUCUCAAAGGCAUUCAUUGUCAUUCCCAAACGAUGAAAAUUUGGCACUCGAGCUGGAAGAAGAAGCGAAAUUUAAAAAGUAUACUUUCGAUGAUAGUGAAUCUAAACUCAUUGCAGAUUGUAACAACAAACUGGACUGCAAUGGCAAUGCUAUUUGUCGUAUUGAAAAUGAUGGAAAAAAUUUCUGCAAAUGCCGAUCUGGUCAUUACGGAAAUGGGAUAUUUUGUUGGUCUCUCAAAAAUCUUCUUUUUUAAGUUUACACGUGUUUCUUAUUUAUCAGUUCAAUGAAAGUGAAAUUUCUGGAUGAUUUAAAUAAAAUGCACCUUUAUUUCUUGAAAAAUUCCACACUGUUUCCGAAAUUUUUGUCAAUUACGUAAUAUGCACGCAUUUUCAUGCUCUUCCUUGCAUAAAUAAAUAAUUUUGCCAAGCAUAUUACAUGGUUCAUAGCUUUACCUUUUUACAGGGAUCUGCAUCUUAGUAUACGUAUACGAUGCUCUUUUAGCUAUAACUCUUUUUAGCUAUAGCUUUUUUAGCUAUAGCUCUUUUAGCUAGAACUGGCUAAUUUCAAAACCUCUGUAUCUGCCCUGAGUGAAUUCUUUGCCUGCUCAGCUAGAAGAAAGUUAAAAUAUACGUUCAGUAUUUAAGAAAGAGCAUUCUUUAUAUAUAUUAUACAAUAACAAUAACAAAAUACGAGAUAUAACAAAAUACGAUAGCUGCUUUAAAAAUAAUUGGCGGCCUCAAAAUUAGCAUUAUAUAUUUGGUGCUCCCCCCCCUAAAUUCCUCUCCCAAAUUCGAAAAUCUUCUAUGUUAUGUAACAGCCUUAAAUUAACCAAUCGAAGAUUAGCUCUACUUAUACCUCAGACUUAGUAUAAAUACCGCUCGCAAAUAAACUGCGUCAUCUUCUUCUCCUAGGUUCACCACGCCAACCUUCACGCUAUUUUUCUUGUCCGUCUAAAAUGCUAUCGCCCCUUUAAUCUGUGUAUAUAAGAAAUUAUUGUAAUUGUUUAUGAUAAAAAAAUAUAUUGUCUAUGAAGAAUUAUUCUAAUGUGCCUGAAAAUAA